AUGGAAAGAUAUGCAAACGAUGAUAUCUUAACAGCUUUAGGAAAGCUAAAUAAUACAUUUUUUGUUGAAGAUUCAAGCUCUAAAAGUGAACUAAUUAUAUCAGACAAUAAAAUUAAAUCAGAAUCCGAUAAUGAUAAAAGCUUUAAUAGCUUUAAUAAAAUAUAUCUAAAUAGUUAUGAAUAUAUAAAUAACCCUGAUAAUUAUAUUGAAGACAAAGCUUAUGAUGACUUAAAAUUAAAAGUAAAAGAGUUUUUUAAAAAUAGAAAAUGUACAUGUUACCCUAAGUGCUUUGAAAAAAUUGGAUAUGAACAUUUUCUUGCACAUCAAAUAGAAUUUGAAAACUUAAGCAAAAAUAUACGUGAUUUGGUUGUUAAAGGACAGCUAAUGGCUUUUCAAAAAGAUGAAAAUACAAAAAAAGUUACUACAACUAACAGAAAGUACUUACAGUUCAAUUAUUGUUUUAAUAAUAGUCUUUCAGUUUGUUAUACUACAUAUGAAGUCCUUGUUAGAGUUAAUCACAAAUAUAUUGAUGCUAUAAUACAAUAUCUAAAAGAAUAUAGCCUUGAUGAACGCAUUUAUAGUAAUACAGUAUAUCAUGAUUAUAUACAAGCAUUUAAAGCUGAGUAUCCAAAUAAGACACAUAUUAUAGCUGAAUCAACUUUUACUAAAUUAGAUAUUCAGUAUGCAAAUGAACAGGAAAAAAAAAUUGAAAUUAUUGAAAAUUAUUUAGCAGAUCUAAAUCUAGCAAAAGAAGAGCAUGAUUACUAUAAUGCUAAUAUUAAGCUUGUAAUUAAUGAUGGCACUUGUAAUUUAAAUCAAACUAAUAUAGAAUUUAAAUUUUUUAAUGACUAUACUCAUAUAGCAUAUUAUUGGACUCAAAACAUAUUAGUUCCUUAUUCAUUGCAACAAAUUGGGUCUCUGUUUUUUAAAAGUUCUCACAAAAUAUAUUUAUUUGGAGUUUGUAAUAUUGGUAAUUAUCCUCAUACAGAGCAAACUAAUUAUGUAAUUGAUGAAGGUAAAAUGCCUAAUAAUGGUAAGCAAGGAAAGAGCAUGAAUUGUAUAUUAAGUUUAGUAUAG